UUAGGUAAAUCCAAUUUUAUGGAUGCCAUCAGUUUUGUUAUGGGAGAAAAAAUGCAAAGCUUAAGAGUAAAACGAUUGAGCGACUUGAUUCACGGUUCAGUGAUCGGCAGACCUGCUUCCUAAAGCGCAUCAGUAACUGCCGUGUUCACUUUAGGCGACGAUUCAGAAAAAGAAGUGGUAUUUCAGAGAUCUGUCCAGGCCUCUUCCUCCGUGUUUAAAAUUAAUGAUUCGGUCGUUUCUGCCCACGAGUAUUCGACUGAGUUGGAAAAACUCAAAAUCAAUGUGAAAAGUGAAAAUUUCUUGGUUUUUCAAGGAGCCGUUGACUCAAUUGCAAUGAAAAAUCCUAAGGAGAUGACGGCACUUAUAGAAGAGAUAAGCGGAUCAGUAACAUUAAAAGAGGAAUAUGAGAAACUAAGGAAAAAAAUGCAAGAAGCUCAAGAAGCGUUUAAUUUGGCAAUGCGAAAGAAAAAACCUGUGGUAGAAAAAAAGGAGGCCGAUAAGUAUUCUAAAAUUAAAGACGAUUUAAAUAAAAAAUUGGUUGAACAUCAAUCCAGUGGCGGCUCGUCGUAUAAAGCAACUGAGGCCGGGCCUCACAUGUAA